AUGGCCGCGCGGGCAACUCCACUCACGGCCGAGGAACGUGAUCAUUUCGUCGACCAUGGCUGGCUCCACCUGAAGAACUGCUUUACACGAGAGCAAGCGGAAGCGGCCACAUCUGAUGUCUGGGUCCGGCUUGGGAUGGACCCUAAAGACAAGUCCACCUGGAGCAAGGAACGUAUUCAUAUGCCGCACCACCGCGAGUUCGACGCCUCCCAGUUCGCACCAAGGGCGUGGGCUGCGAUAUAUGGUGAUUUCUUCGUCCACUACCUCGACAGCCCCGAGCAGGGCCUCUUGGUCAUUCCCCUCUUCACUGAUAUCGUACCUGGCGGUGGCGGGACCUACAUCUGCCCCGAGGCCAUGCCCAAGGUGGCCAAGUAUCUCUAUCAGAAUCCAGCAGGCGUCUCUCCCAUCAUGCAACCCCGCGGGCACCCCAACUUCCCUGAAACGCCAUUCAGUCGGGGAACCGACUGGUUCAACGAGUUGGCUCAAGGCUGCAGCGAAUUCAUCGAGACCCACGGGCAGUGCGGCGACGUUUUCUUGUUGCACCCCCUCAUGCUUCACGCCGCAUCCAACAACAUGCUCCGCCACGUGCAUGGCAACUACACGCUCGUCGAAAGGGCCACCCUAAAAGCCCUGGGGAAAGAAGACUUGGGAGGGUGGGAGAUUACGGGCCCGAGGCAGGAGGUUGUGCCGGAGAGGGUCAAGAUUCAAGAGAGGAUAAAGCAGGAGGAGCUUGAACGGCUGCAGGCUCGCGAGGCCGCCGCUGCUCCUAUUGCCGGGGCCUAG